CGGGGCCGUAGCCGGUAGGCGGGGGCGGCCCCAUGAGGCGGUGAGGCGGCGGCGGCGGGGCGCGGGAUGGCGGCGGGGGGCGGGGGGCGGCCGCCGGGCUCGGAGCCGUGGCCGGAGCCCUACGUGCAGACCCGAAUCUUCAAAAUCAUCGUGAUCGGCGACUCCAACGUGGGCAAGACCUGCCUGACCUUCCGCUUCUGCGGCGGCGCCUUCCCCGCCAAGACCGAGGCCACCAUCGGCGUGGACUUCCGCGAGAGGACGCUGGAGAUCGAGGGAGAGCGCAUCAAGGUGCAAGUGUGGGACACGGCUGGCCAGGAGAGGUUCCGGAAGAGCAUGGUGGAGCACUACUACCGCAAUGUCCACGCCGUCGUCUUCGUCUACGAUGUCACCAAGAUGUCCUCCUUCACCAACCUCAAGACAUGGAUCGAGGAGUGCAACGGCCACGCCGUGCCCGCCCUGGUGCCCAGGGUGCUCGUUGGCAACAAGUGUGACUUGAAGGACCUGAUCCAGGUGCCGUCCAGCAUGGCCCUCAAGUUCGCCGACGCUCACAACAUGCUUUUGUUUGAGACCUCGGCCAAGGACCCUCAGGAGAGCCAGAACGUGGACGCCAUUUUCAUGUGCCUGGCCUGCCGACUCAAGGCCCAGCGCUCACUGCUCUGCCGGGACCUGGAGGGACGGCCGAGCACGGGCCGUCGCCUGCCGCCGGUCCACGACGGCGCCGGUAAAUCCUCCUGCCCGUGCUGAGCGGGUUUAGCUCCAGGCACCGGCAUCCCAAUAAAGGCUCUGCGGCCCCA